AGCCACCCAUCCUCACCGCACACCAUUCUUCCCUUCUUUCCCUAUCAAGAACCCUCAAAUCAGUACCACGACUAUUCCCCAUCCCCUCCCCUCCCUUGCCUCGAAGAGGGAGCUGCGGCGGCGACAUGGGAGGCGGCGGCGCAGCCGGGGACGGCGACGGGUGGGCGGAUCAGGAGCAGGGCAACGGCGGGAGCCGCGGCGGCGGGGAGGCGAAGCGGUCGGAGAUCUACACCUACGAGGCCGCUUGGCACAUCUACGGCAUGAACUGGAGCGUGCGGCGCGACAAGAAGUACCGCCUCGCCAUCGCCAGCCUGCUCGAGCAGUACAUCAACCGCGUCGAGGUUGUCCAGCUCGAUGAGUCCUCCGGCGACAUCGCUCCCGUCCUCUCCUUCGACCACCCUUUCCCUCCCACCAAGACCAUGUUCGUGCCGGACCCGCAAGGCCUCCGCCCCGAUCUGCUCGCCACCUCCGCCGACAUCCUCCGCAUCUGGCGCAUCACCGACGACGACGAAGCUGCCACCGCCGCCGCCGACUCCAGCAACGGCUCCGUACGCUGCAACGGUGUAGGCGCCCCCGCUGCCCAGCAGCCGGGCGCCAAGCUCUGCUGCGAGCUCAACGGCAACCGCAACAGCGACUUCUGCGGCCCGCUCACCUCCUUCGACUGGAACGACGCCGACCCACGCCGCAUUGGAACAUCGUCCAUCGAUACAACAUGUACCAUCUGGGACGUCGAGCGUGAGGCCGUCGACACCCAGCUCAUUGCACAUGACAAGGAGGUCUAUGACAUUGCUUGGGGUGGCGCCGGUGUCUUUGCAUCUGUCUCUGCUGAUGGCUCGGUACGUGUGUUUGAUCUUCGGGAUAAGGAGCAUUCAACAAUCAUCUAUGAGAGCAGUUCAGGUGGUGCUGGCUCCAAUUCUGCUGCUGCUGCUGCCGAUGGUGGGGCUGUGUCGCCCACGCCAUUGGUUAGGCUGGGGUGGAACAAGCAGGACCCGAGGUACAUGGCCACCAUCAUCAUGGAUAGCCCCAAGGUGGUUGUGCUUGACAUUCGCUACCCAACACUGCCUGUCGUUGAGCUCCACCGCCACCAUGCUCCUGUCAAUGCUAUCGCAUGGGCGCCUCACUCUUCUUGCCACAUUUGCACAGCGGGAGAUGACUCACAGGCACUCAUAUGGGACCUAUCAUCCAUGGGCACCGGGAACAAUAGCGGUGGCAAUGGAAAUGGCAAUGCUUCUGCUGCUGCUGCAGCAGCAGCAGCAGAGGGUGGUCUUGACCCUAUACUGGCUUACACGGCAGGGGCCGAGGUUGAGCAGCUGCAGUGGUCAGCAACCCAACCUGACUGGGUUGCCAUUGCAUUUGCCAAUAAACUGCAGAUUCUCAGGGUCUGAUUUCUUCAUUCUAGCUUUGCGGUGCUGGGACAGAAAGGUGCGAACAAACCCAAUGUGGAUCAUGAGUUGAUGCAAUGGGAGGACGGUAAUUUUGUAAUUCCUUCAGUGUUAUGUAUGUUGCUCACACCUGGUAGUGUGCUGAGUUGAUUCAACUGAUAGAAAUGAUGAUUCACUGCUUAGAAGCUGGAAUUGACAAUGAACUGAGUUGUUAGAGUAAUUAGCUGCUAUAUGAUUAGUGUUGGUCACAAUGAACAAAAUCGCUGUUUCUUAGGCUGCUUGACUCUAGUACUGCUGUUAACUUGCUUGGUGCACUUGUCUCAAGCUUGUCUUUGCAUGCUGAUGUGGUUUCAGUUCUGUGAUA